AUGGAUGCUCUGAAGGCCGAAGAAUGCAGAACCAAAUUCUGCCAACAUAUGUCUAUUCAUGUUCCGUGUCGGACCAGGAAGAAGCUUUGCGAUGCGGAUUCCUUUACAAAGCGCAUCCAGGACGCUGCAAGGGAAACGCUCUCAGGCGUGGGAGGACAAGAACUUGCGGAAAGCCUAUGCUUUAUCAAAGCAGUAUGGUGGCAAGAAGAUGCUGGCCCAUUGCUACACCUUGCUGAUGUCUCGCCCUCACCGCUGUUCUCGCCCAUUACGUCGUGUUUGUAG